GCAUGAAUGCUAAGGAAGUGUUGUGGCCAAGGGAGUGACCCAGGAGAAUGAGCCGACACAGAAGCGGGUGGCUACAACCUCCACUGUUCAUCUAAAUGAUGCUAACUUAAACAUCCCAUGUCGGUUCGCCGUUGUUCACACCUGUUGUGUGAAGGUGAACCAUGGAUUUCCUCACCCUCUUCGCCGUCUAUGUUGUGGUGAUCCUGACGUGUAUCGCCCUGGUUUGCAAGUACUCGGGCCAGCAACAAACGCCUUUUGGUGUAAUAUUCAACUGUAUUUCAAGGGUAACCGCACCAUUUGUACCAGUAUGGCUUCAAAGGUUGUCGCAGAGAAGUUUGCAUGGUCUCUUCCAUCAAAGGAACCGCACCUUCAUCUACCUCCAUCUGCUGUUGGAGCUGUUGGCCUACGGAGAGUUUAGCUAUGAGGUGUUUGGCUUCUGCAGGGAUAUGGACACCACUCUCACUAGCCUGUCAGUGCCUUACAUCCUGCUGGCUGUGAAGACCUACUUGUUCUACCUUUGCAUCACCACUGAUCCAGGCACAGUCACGCAGGCCAAGAUGUCUGGCCAGCUCUCCAUCUACCCUUAUGACCGAAGGAUGUUCCACCCUGGGGUGCCUUGUCCAACCUGCCAACUGGUCAAACCGGCUCGCUCCAAACACUGCAGAGUGUGCGACAGGUGCGUCCAGCGCUUCGACCACCACUGCAUCUGGGUGAACAACUGCUUGGGGGCCCGCAACACGCGCUACUUCAUCCUCUACCUGAUGAGCGUGUGCGCCAUGGCGGGGAGCAUGGCGCUGCUGACAGGUGACAUGCUUCUCCACGCCGUGCUCCGCUCGGGGCUCCUGAGGUCGUCCUACAUGGACGGGCAGGGCCAGCGGCAGCAGGCGGGGCCCCUGUUUGUCUUCCAGCAUCUAUUCCUCACCUUCCCCCGAAUCGUCUUCAUGCUGGGCUUCCUGGUGUUUGUGUGUCUCCUGCUGGCCGGCUACGCCCUGUUCCACUGCUACCUGGCCCUGGUCAACCAGACCUCCAACGAGUGGUACAAGGGCAGAGGCACGGUGUGCCAACACUGCCACCCCAACAAUCCGGCCACCUCAGCAGACAGCCACUGUGGCCCCGCCCCCGACCGUUCUAGAAGACACUUUUACAGUCGAGGCAUGUGGAGGAAUCUAGGGGAGAUCUUCUUCCCUCUCUGUCCUGUGCAUAAGAAAGACAAUUGAGGCAAUGGUCAUUUGGACACUGCUUUGCAGUGUGUUCAAGUUGUGUUUUAUAGUUUUUCUAAUUUGACACCUAAGGGAUGUGGAUAUUUAAAUAAAGGUGUUUUUAUAAACAAAAAGGUGUAAUUCUUUUUGGGAUGUCAGACUACAAAUAACCUGAUGUAAAUUUCCUGUCUGAGUCCUAAGACGCACACCAUUUAACUAUUAGUCCUACUAAGUUGAAUAGACUAAUUGAACCCUAGUGGUUCAUCUGUUUUUGUGUGUUUUUUCUCUGUGUAUAAGAAUUGUUACUUUUAAAUUAAGGUAUGUGGUGAUUUCAUUUUAGAAGAAAUUCAGAACAUCUAUCUUGGGUGUUGAAAUAAGAAUCAAAAGGUAGGGAACUUUCUGACGUAAUCUGUUUUCAGGUCUAUAAACUAGUUACUACAAUACAUUAACCUAAACAGCUUCUACAAUCGCUGUAACAUCGCAAUGACCGCCUCCAUUAUAGAAGCAUAUAGC